CGAACUUGCUCCCCUCCACCACCACAGAGCUGCCCUAUAACACAUAGGUUCCCGUCUCAACAAUGGAUACCCGCACCGCCUCUCCCCCGGACGCUCUUGCUGCCACCGCUGUCAUUGGCGACACCCCCUUUGAAGGCCAAGAAAUCAUGCCAGACAAGAUCAGCGCCUACUACAGUCUCGUCUUUCCCAGCUUCACCUACUACCUCCAGACACUGACCGUCACCAUCGGACGUCGAUGCAUUCCCAACUCGACUGCCUCCUCUUCCGAACAAGCCCAGGUGGACGUUGAUCUGGGUCCCUUGAAGAGCGUCUCGAGGCUUCACGCGAAGAUUGAAUAUGAGGAGGAUGAGGAACGUUUUGUUCUCGCCGUAUUGGGAAGAAACGGGGCUUGGGUUGAUGGCGCAUGGUCUGGGAAGGGCAGCAAGGUUCCUUUGGGAGAACGGUCUCAGAUACAGAUAGCAUCCCGCACAUUCCACUUUGUGCUCCCGCCGCCACCGAUACCGGAAGACUCUCCCUCACCGUCAUCUCAUGCAUCUUCCUUCAACCGUCCACGCUCGCCAUCCGUGGACAUCACUUCAUUCUCGCCACCUUCCUCCAUUCCCUCCGUGUCACCUCCUCCAGUACACGACACGCCCGCUUCACCAAUCAAAGCUCCGCCCAUACCAGAUCCUCCUCAACUCCCUAAUUCGAACAUCAUUGGCAAGUCGAAGCAGGCAUCUAAGAAACGCAAGGCCUCAGAUGCAGAUGUCUCUCCACCCCGUCCAAAACCCGAGGUUAUGCCACCAAAGCCGCAAUUCACUUACGCUCAGCUCUGUUAUCGUGCUAUCAAGACUCUUGGUGGCAAGGGAACACUGCAAGACAUUCUCAGUUGGAUCAAGGACCACUACGAUUGGUAUCGGUUCAACGAAGAUAAAGCCUGGGAGAAAUCCGUCCGACACAACCUGUCUUCGAAUCGCGCGUUUACGAAGCAGGAGCGGUCUGCUGGAGAACGGGGCAAAGGCUACUAUUGGACAGUGUCAGAGGAUUGCGAACGCUUAUUCGAGGAGCAAGAGGCUCGGGCACUUGCGGGAAACUCUGGCACGUCCUCUACAGCCGGGAAAACCAGCGGGAAGAAACCCAAGGGCGGAGCUUCGAACCUCGAGCCUGCUUUGAAGCGGAGUGUUAAGGGUGAUUUGAAGGGUGCACCUCUCCCCCCGCCUUUAACUUCGACGCCCCUAGCGUUCAGACCUGCUCCUUCUCAGAUACCCCCUAUCGUGAAGACGGAACCCGUGGUCAAGACAGAACCCAUCAGUGUGCCACCCAAUCUGUCCUCAGCGCCACAGGCACCGCCAGCGGCGAACUCUGCGUCCGCAUCCACAUCGGAAUCAUUGUCAACGGCAGCUUCUUCACCGCCGCCUGCUGUUCCGCACACCCUCUCGACGGCAGCAGCAGCAGCAGCAGCAACUGUUUCUUCGAACAAUGCCUCACCAUCGACAAAUUCAUCUUCUGCCACCGGGAUCCCGCCCAUUCCCGCUUCUGUCAUUCUUCCCAUCGUCGUCGGCCCGGUUCCCGGAACGACUGGCGGCUCUUCGACUUCAGGCUCAUUGUCGGCACAUCUUACCACUCCUCCGAUUGUCCUUCACGAGAAUCAGCUCUACCUCGAUCCGACCAUUUUCGCUCAUCUUACACCCCAGCAGCUGAAAGAGCUCGAAGCACUGGGCGCUCAGAAGGCUCUGGAUAUAUUGCACAGGCACAUCGUGCAGUAUUUGAAGGAGAAGAUCAAGUCGAAGGAUGGGAAGGUCAAGGGCAAGGGCAAGGCAAGCAAGCGCGCGGCAGGCCAGAAUGGCGCUGGUGUGAAAACCGUCAAGGAGGGCGUAGAAGCUUCCAGCGGGCCCGGUGAUACGAAAGUGGGCGUGAAACGGGAACGGGACAAAGACAGGAUACCGAUGUCAGGCCCUUUUACAACUGUACCUUUGCCUAUGCGCAGACCCCCUCAGUACAUUCCUGCUCAAGCAUCCGGUACACCAGCCGCUGCUCAGGUGCCCGUGGACCCAGCACCACCAAGCCCCCUUCUUGUUGUGGACGAUGAUCCCGAACCUUCAGACGGUCCAGCGGCGAAACGAAGGAGACUGGAGGUAGAAACUCAGGCGACCCCUGUAUCGGUCGGCGUUUGAGUUAUGGUGCGGCCUGCUCCGUCUCGACCUGUCCUGCCCUAUCUACUCUCAGAUUAGUUGUACGUUCGUUCUGGAUGUGCCUUCUUACGCGACCUAUUCUUUCCUACUCGGCUCACGUCUUUUGACUCUGGAUUCUUGUCUUCACAGACGCGGUACUACUUACACGUUUCUCCUUCUUAUUCUUUAGCCCCUUCUC